CGGCCCGCGCCGAUUGAUCAUCGAUAUGGUGUUGUUGCUCGCGGAUCGUUGAUAGGUUACGGUGCCAGAAGUUGUGAUGGAGGGAUCCCAGAGGAGCGUGGAAUUGAUGGGUCUUCUUCUAGCGCAAGUCAACCAGUGUGUGUGAGUUUUUGUGUGUGUGUGUGUGUGUGUGUGUGAGAGAGCAUGGGAUCAUCGCACUGCGUCGAUCGAUCAUUCCCUUCAUUCCGCCAUUACGGAUGCCAUAGUCUGUCUGAUCAGGUGGGGGAGAGUACGGGAGUGAAUGCGCCGCGUUGUGGGUGCCGUAGCCCUGGCGGGACGUUCGUCGCGCCCACUCGUCGCCAUCGCCGCAGCCUGGCAGAGAGUGCAUUAUUAGAGCAUGCGUUCAGUUUCUACGUCUGGGACGCCUCUGUCACGACUUUGUCCCUUCGCCCUGGCCUUGGUUUUGACUUGGCUUGGUCCCACCUGCAUGAACCCCAUCUCCACGUCAAUUCUCUCGCCGUUGCUACAGUUGCUGCUGCUGCUGCUGCUGCCACUGCUGGUUUGUUUUGUGAGGGUAGUAAUAUCUUCGCACCUGAGAGAUCAGGUGGUACUGGAACCGGGACCGGCGACUGCGAUUCGUAACCUGAGCUGACACGGUUUCCAGCUGGGUCGUUUGUUUAGCCUGGUUGGGGUGGAGUUUGAAUGUACACCUGGUGUGGGCUGGCUCGGACUUGAGCUGUUUUGCGGAUUGUGUUGGGGUCUCCUUGUGGCGUUGUUGUGGAGCAGGGUUGCGUUCAGGGAGGAAAGAAGAGCUGCUCUCCAAAACGAUGGCGAAUUGGCAUGCUAGGGAUGUUUGCGGGUGCCUCUUGUUGCUGCUUGUCUUCACUGCUCGCGAAUUGUGCAGAAGCUGCACGAAAGUGGUCCUUCGUGCAAAACCUAAGCAAUGCUAACUCAAAUCAGAUGGUUGUUACUCACGAUCCUGCCAUCCACCAAGUCUCUCGACGGUUACUAGUGCCUGACGUGAAGUCUGGCUACCGAAUCCCAGCUUUGUGUCGCGUUAAGGAAAUAUGCGACGAAGGAGUCGGAGUGACGUGCGUGCAUGGCAACGUGGUAGGCUGCAGCUGUGAAUUUAUCGGAGCAUGCUAUCCACAAGUCUACAGAUGCAGCCGCUUCAAUAGUACUCAAACAGAGCCUUGCGGGUUCUGAGACUUUGUUUGGUGUCUGUGGCGAGUUUUGACUGCUCGCCAGUUAAUUUGCACAGCAACUUCGUAAAUGCUCUUAAUCUUGAGAUGUAAUGUGCGGGCUUGAAGAGUGGAUUGACUCGCAUCAUAUUGCUGGUUCACAACGUUAGCCCAGUAAAUUCCUAGAGGAUAUUGCUACACAGCUCUAAACAAUUGUUUCUGCCAUCGAAUGAGAUUUACAAGUGAUGUAAAGCUUUUCUCUUUUCUUACUGGAUUAUGUCGA